CUCCAAACAGAUUCAUUGGCAACGCCAUGUUGUUUUGAAGGAGAUUUCACAACUGAGAACUCAGCACUUCUUAAGCCUUUGUCGAUUUACGUUCUACCUCAAGUUAAUUCCAAAAAUUCGAAUAGUAGGUUGAGAGUGAAACAGAUCUAAAAAUGGCAGCCGUUGUCGCCCAGAAAGGAGACGGCGGAAGAACGUAUACCUUUGCCAGCCAACCCCGACCAGUUCAACAGAGAAAAAAAUUUAGAGAUCCGCUAACACAAGAGUAAGUGCUGUAGCGACGGUUGUAGUAACUUUUUAUUAGCUUCAUUCGUCAGUUGUUUACCAAACUAAGCUAAGUUCAGUAUUAUAAAUUUUGAGGGUUUAUCAUUUUAUUUGAGAACGGCACCUUAUUAUUGGCCUCUUUGUACAUAUCGGAGAUCACUCUUAUCAAAUGAUGACACACAGCUGCUUUUAAUGAUUUUGCCUAAGAUAAGCUGUACCUGUUCAGUAGGUGAAAAAGAGAUCUUAUUUAUAAACAGGAUAGCCGUGGAGCUGCAACCUCUAUAUUGUGUCAAGUGGCCAUGCAUAUUGGUCAGUAAGGGAUAAACGCAUCCUCGGAGACCCAGGGGCAGAUAAAGGGGGCGAGGGAAAGUCUAAACGGGCGGAAAAGUGUGGCACGAGGAUGAUCUCCGAGGAUGGGAUAAACGUUGAUUGAUGGAUUUUGUAGUUACUUUAUGAUUCCUAAACUUUGCAGUUGAUUUAUAAAAGUAUAGUAUGGUUAGUUAAUUUGGCCUUAGAAAGACGACAUUAUUGACAAUAUUUUAAUGUGUACUCAGUAAAGCAUUUGACAAAGGGUUGUACCUGUGUUGAGGCUGCCAUAGUUUAUCCAUGUAUUAGUAUCAAUCAAGGCUUGAAGCUUCAUUUCUUGUUUCUACAGAAAUGAGAGUCCCAUGCCAUAUGGAAACAUCAUGUACGAUCGCAGAAUUGUUAGGGGUAAUACCUAUGCACAGAGAACUCUACCAGCAGUAAGUGUUGCAGAGCAGAUGAAAAUGUUGUUUGUCUGUUCACUGUUGAACAAGUGGCAGCACAACAGUUUUUGUUUGCUAAGUAGUUGGAUUACAAAAACAGAAAGUUAUUGAUCUUUUUAACAUUCUUGAUUUCCAAUUUACAUAUGCUUCUUCAGGUUUGGUUUUAUCUGCCCCCCCCCCCCUCACAAGAAAAAGGAAAUUUGGGUGGAUAGGGUGAACACAAUGUGCUUCCAAUUUGUUAUACACUACGUUAACUUUAAUUCUUAUAAAGAUUUUUUAAAACAGCUCAAAAGGUUGGCCUAACGAGAACCUGCUUAUUAAAGGGACUGGUUCACGGUAAUGCGCAUGUGUGAGUUCUGACAGUAGCUGAUUGUUUUUCAACCAAUCGGAAGCGAGUUAGAUGCACGCAAGUAAAUUUACAAAAUUCAAAUUAAUUGUUCGCGACGCGAGAGUAUUUCCGGGCAUUUGGUUUGAUUUUAUUUAUCCCCAUAAUUCAAUUUUAUUCUUUGCUACUCCUCAGAUAUAUGUUGCAGCCGAUAAGAAUAAGAUUUACAGCCCUGUCCUGCUUUGAAACAAACAUUUACCAACGUGUAUUUUUACCCACGCUAACAAAACAAACAAAAUUUGUAAACAAACAUCUUAUUACUGUUCUCUCAGUUCGCCUUAUAUAAACCCAGAAAUACCUACAAAUAGCGCCGGACCAGUGACAAAAACACACAACGUAUGAGUAUAAAGAUUAUCCUUAAUUGAGCGUAAAUUUCAAUUGCUUAUCAGCAAAUGAACAAAUUCAUUCGCGUUGCAUCGGGUCAGUGUUCCGCAAAACAAAUGUUAUCGAGUAGCACACAUAAAGAAACUAGAUUAUGAACAGAAUAUUCAGGCAAUAAUUUAUUUUAAAAACAUCAAUUCUUAAACAUAUACGAUCGUAAAGCAAAGAUACAAGGAACAUUUCAAGUGUACCAGAUCGGUGAAGAUCGCACGGCCUGUUGCGGUAUAACUACAGGUCGGAGUCAAAAAUCAAAUCAAAGUUGAACGAACUCAUGCCUUUAACCACUUUCCAAGUGUCGUGUAUUCUUUUCGUAUGCCACACACUACUCCUAGAACCAUACUAGAUCGAUAGGCUAAGCUUCUCUGUCUCCAGAGACUCUUGAGAACGUCCUGUUGCCGGACGGCCACGAUGCUCUUCUCAACCUCCAUGAUCAAAACGUUAUUUUUUUCGUCUUCUUAAAACAUAACCAGUCAAACGACACAACCACACGUUAAUCACCACUACCGAAGUAUAACUAGGCCAGCCAAAGCGACGGAUGUCCGAAUAAAACGAAGGAUUUUCAAUGAUUGUACCGGUAAUGGCGAUUUCGAAUUUAGUGUUGACCCAACAAAUUUAUUCUGAAGAGACAAACGGCGCGCAUGUGCAUUAUCGUGAACCAGUCCCUUUAAGGGUAAUCAGAUCUUAAGGACUAGUUCAGUUUCACAUCACAUUGGAUAAAAGAAAAAAACCAGCCUAAAAUGCUUCUGUCCCUUCAAUCAACAGUAAAAUAGCAAGAAGGGUUUACACAGAAAAAAAAACAGAAAAAACAGCAGCUCUGAUUUCUUUUUGUAAAACCUAAGAAAUAGAAAACAGUUUGCAAAAGUUCACCUCAAGAGGUUUCAUUUGAAUGGUAACACCCACAAAUUCAAAAGUGUGAAUGUCAUCUCACCAUAAACCAUCAGCCCAGGAGGGACAGGAUUAAUCACAUAAUCAGACUCUUUUAACUUUUAUGUGCAAUCAUAUUUUCCAAACAUGAUAGAUCUCAAACUUACAUUUUUUUCUUCUUAGACUGCACAACCUGAUCCUAUAGAAAUUCAAAGACAGCAAGAGGCAAGAAGAAGAGCAAUUGCCAGAAAACGAGCCAAGGCACAAUUGAAACCAAGGUCACCAGAGCCUGUAGAAGGGAGAAAGCAUAUUGAUGUACAAACAGAACUUUAUUUGGAAGAGUUAAGUGAUCGUGUUGAAGAAGCUGAUGUUGAGACUCAAACAGAUGCCUUUUUGGAUCGACCUCCUUCUCCCCUAUUUAUUCCUGCUAAAAGUGGAGUAGAUGUUGCAACACAAAUUUUGGAGGGAGAGGUAAGUUAUGAGGUAAAAUUGGAGUCUUCAGACAAGAAGAAAACCCUUGGGUAAUACACUAAGUCUUAAUAAAGGCUGGUUAACAUGUUAGACCGAUUUGAGAUGAAUAAAAAAGAAAACUCUAGGCAAACAAAUUAAUUAGCCUGAGUUUAGGCUGAUUUUUAUCUUGGUGUUUUCUCUUAAAUUGGAAUGACCUGCCCAAAAUUCAUAGUUUUGCAAUGCAUUGUACAUUGGGCUGACAGAUCACACAGCAAAGUCUAUCUUUUAAACCAGUGUUAAUAGUCAACAUUUGACCCUAAACCAAUAAUAAAGAAUUAGUGGUAUAUGUGGAAGUUGUCUUUAAAAAUGAACUGUAUCAUCCUUCUCUUUUAAAAUUAAUUUACAGUUACAACUUAUCAGUUUUGAAUUACUCUUUCUUUCUCUUGUUUUCUUGUCACAAUACAUAUCAUUAAUCUGAAUUGUUUUGAUCCCCUUCUUGGGUUUGAUGUAUAAACUACCCGAGCCCAGUUGUUUGAAAGGUGAAUAACGUUAUUCACUGGAUAAAUCUCUUUCCAGUAGAUAAUACUUUCUCUAAUACUUAUCUGCUGGAUAGUGAUUUAUCCGUCGGAUAGCACUACACUGUAUAAUUCGAUGUUUGAGCAACUGGGGCCUGUUGUUAUUUCACCAGUUGUUUGUAUUAUUUUUACCAUCAGUCAUUUCAUUGUAAUAAUAUUACAUCCUCUUUGUCCUUCUCUCCUCAGUUGUUUGACUUUGACAUUGAAGUUAAACCCAUCCUUGAAGUUCUGGUGGGUAAAACAGUCGAACAAGCCCUACUUGAGGUAAUGGAAGAGGAGGAACUUGCAAAUCUUCGAGCACAGCAAAGACAAUUUAAGGAACUAAGAAAUGCUGAGCUUGUUGAAACUCAGAGAUUAGAGGAACAAGAAAGAAGACAUAGAGAAGAGAAGGAACGACGAAUGAGACAACAAGUGGAAGUACUCAGGAAAGAAAAGGAAACUGGAGAAAAGAUAUCAGCACGUGCCUUUGCCCAGGUAAUUAACCCAUUCACCCAGGCUGAACCCCCCUUUUACCGUCCAUGCGCAUCCAUGUCCCUUGUGUACCACUUAUGAGGUCAUCAGUUUUAACGGUCUACCCGUGUAGGACAACUUUGCAGGGUGCAAAGAAAGUCAGUUUUACAGCCUGCCAUUCGGGCAAGCUGUAGCUAGCAUGUACUAGCCCACAAGUCAUUUCAACUAGCCCCAAAACCCUUUUUGAUCAGCAGGAUUGAUUACCAUCCUUCUGUAAUUAAAAUUUCCCCAAAAAAUUCACUUGCCUGUCGGACAAGUUAAGAACAGAAUUCACUAGCCCGAAAGCAAAAUCCACUAGCCCCUGGCUGUCGGCCCCGACUUUCUUUGCUCGCUGACUUUGUCAUCUAACUUGUGUAGAGGAAAAGAUAUCUUUGAAAUCAUAUGUGAAUCUGCAAGAUUCAGUCAAGGAGACCAGAGAAAAAGACAAAAAACCAUGUAACGUUUACCCAAAAAUUCCUAUGAAAAUCCUGAAAGCUUUCCUAAAGCUUUUCCCAUCCAAAUGAAGCCUAUUAAAUGUCAAUAAAAAGAGAAAAACUGGGGCUAGAAAAGCGAAAGAAUAUGGAGAGGAGAGAAGGCAAAAGGAGAAAUGUUGUUUCCUGUGUGCGCCUGAAUGUCAGAGGUUGAUAUUUUGAAUGUAGGACAGAAGGCUGCGAGCUACACAAAACACAAAUGGCCUUUUGUAGUGACAACAAAAUGCCUUGACUAGCUUCAAAACCUGUUUUCCAGCAAAAUUCCCAUAGGCUAAUGGGUUAAAAUAGCUGCUGAAUUUCUUUCUUACCCUUUGUAAUUCUUGCAGAGUUAUCUGGCUGACCUUGUGCCUUCUGUUUUUGGUUCAUUAAAUGAAAAUGGAUACUUCUAUGAUCCAGUAGAAAGAGGUAAACAGUGCUUCUACAAAAUUAAUCUUAACUUAAAAUAGUAGCUUCUCAUAAACUAUUUAAAAAAAUGAUUAAAAAUUUUGCAAGAGUACAUAGGAUUAGACUAAGAAGGCUUCAUCAGAGGACUCCACUUUCUUACAAAUUAUUACUGUACGUAGGGGUGGUGUCCUAAAACGGACACCUAGAUGUACUACCUGCUUUCCUCACUUCUUUUCUUUGAAUUUUUUAAAAAGAAAAUCUGUCUAAGAUGCAUUUUCUUUGACUUGCAGAUGUAGAAACAUACUUUAUGCCAUGGUUGCUGGAGAAAGUGGAAGGUGAAUUAAACCAAACCAUUGUUUCAAGAACUGUUCUUGAUGGUAAGUUCUGGUAGCCUGAAUUUUAGAUGAUUACUUCGAGUCGUUUUUACUCACUCAUGCUGAGGGAGUAAAAAUGACUCGAAGUAGUCGUCGGAAAUUCAGGCUGGUUCUGGUAGUUUGUUUAUACUAGGCAAUCAUUACCGGCGGUUUUCAUGCUACCUUGGUAAAAAGAACUUGGCUUAAGUUAUUCACUUUAAUACGGGUUAGACUUCACAUAUGUAAAUGGGUUUGAAAAAUAAGAAAUGUUACAUAGAUCAAGUGUAUUGCUUCGUUGUAACUGAUUCUUAUAACUCAACUGGAAAUUAGGAAUGCUGGUUCACUGCAGAGCUUUUUUUUGCUUUCGAAAGAAAAACGUUUUUGAUAAUGGGCACGCUCUGCUUAGGUGUUGUCUUAAUCCAAGUAAGACAGGAAAGAAAAAAGUUAAUCGUGUCAAAAAGCUGGGGCACAAAUGAGUGACAACUUGACAUACAUUUCGGGAUUUUUCAGAUUUUUAUCAAGGCCAUGAUGUUGGAACGCGACGGGUCUAAUUCUGUGUCGCUCAGCUCGUGCUCUCUUUCUUCUUCAUCAUCUGAUUUUUACUUUUUUAUGCCCCCUAGCAAUAAUAAGAGAUGUUGUCAAGAAGCGAUUUGAAGUUUACGACAGGUUGGAGGAAGCUGCCAGACGUGCCUUGGAGCAAGAGGCAGCAGCUAAGGUGGCAGAAGAAAGAAAGAAGGCUGAAGCCGAGCUCGCGGCCAAAACUGCUGAAGAGGCGAAAGCAGAACAAGUCGCUGAACAAGCCGCCGAUCAGAAACCCGAAAUCGAUGAAAGUGGGCGAGAAACAACAGACAAGUUGGAGGAUGGUAGCAUAGCUGGAGAGGAGGCUGGGAGCGAACGUGCAGCUACUGCGGCGGACACACCUGGUGAAUCAGGGCAAAAUGAACCCACUGAGGAAGCACCGCCAGACGCUGCAGAGCAAGAACAGUAAACUACAGACUGUGACCUACUUUUUAUUUGUUUUCAUGUCGGAUUCAAAGACAAGAGAGUUGAUAGCAUGUACAUAAUAACUGUUUUAUUCAUCGUUGCUUUGGAAGCUUGAUUACACUGAAUCAAUUUCAGAUUCAACCCAGGUGUUAAUUCACACUCUUUUUCUAUCGCAGAAAAGGCUCUUUUCCUAUUCGUAGUAUGAAAGCGAAUACAU